ACUUGCUCUGCGCUCUGAGUACUGUAGGGUGCUCUUCUCUUCUCUUCUCUUCUCUUCUCUUCUCUUCUCUUCUCUUCUCUUCUCUUCUCUUCUCUUCUCUUCUCUUCUCUUCUCUUCUCUUCUCUUCUCUCUCUCUCUCUCUCUCUCUCUCUUUCUGUGCCCCACGCGCUCCUGCCUCUAGCUUCACGGUUACUGCGACGGUUACAGGAUGUGCGCGAGCGUGUGCGCGCGUGUGUAGUCUCUCUCUCUCUCUCUCUCUCUCUCUCGCUCUCUCUCUUUCUCUCUCUGAGAUCAACAUGCUGCACGCGGGUUUAAAAUGAGGAGAGCAGCAGAGGAGUAAGCGCGCGCGGUGCCGGAGCAGGAGCUCGAGCUCAGCUCGUACUGAGGAGCAUGGUGAAGAAGAUCUCCUCAAGAUGUUUCCCAUCAAACACACUUGCAGAAUGAGGAGCGUAAACAGAAAAAAGCAAACCAUGUGCAGUCACUGACUCGAGGCACUCUUCCCUCUCUCCUACACCCACAUUUUCUUCAUGAGGACAGAGAGAUGACCAUGCGUGGCCACUGGUCCUUCAACACCUUGGCCAUCAUCUUUCUACUGCUGUCGACUGCAGCCCUUUCUGCUCACUUCAGAGUGUGUGAGCCCUACUCCGACCACAAGGGGCGUUAUCACUUUGGCUUCCAUUGCCCACGUCUCUCUGACAACAAGACCUACAUGUUCUGCUGUCACCAUAACAACACCGCCUUCAAGUACUGCUGCAAUGAGACAGAGUUUCAGACCAUCAUGCAGCUCAACAUCACCACCAACUCUGACGGCUUAACUCACAAUAAUUACACCGCUCUAAUUGGUGUGUGGAUUUACGGCUUCUUCGUCAUGGUCCUGCUCGCACUGGACUUCCUGUACUACUCAGCCAUGAACUAUGAGCUGUGUCGAGUGUACCUGGAGAAGUGGGGGCUGGGUGGUCGGUGGUUAAAACAGGCCAGGAUUCAGUGGCAUGGAGUAGCUGUGGUUCAGGAAGGAGAGGUGAACCCUGGGACGGUAACAAGCCACGCCCCACAUCAACAUCAUCACCCCAGACACAGCCUGACAGGCGAAGCACAGAGCCCAACCCUUAUGACCUUCCAGACCUCCACAGCCUGAUGUUUGAAGCUUCAAUCAUUAGGCCAUACUGUGCUUAGAGUACAGGAGAAGCUGCAGAGUUACAGUACAGCCACGGCCAACUGGAAACUCACCGGUUUCCCUCCAAGGCCUUAUCUACCUUUAAAACGGACAGUCCGCUCCAGUGAGGAAGACAACAAUGGACACUGAGGAAAUGAAAUUCAGCUGCUCCGUAUUCUGUCCUGCAGAAGAAGCACUUUCUUCAUCGUUUUGACUGCAACUUGUCCUACUGUAAACAGCUGUGGUUUAGGAACCUUAAGUCCUCUUAAGCUUAAGGAAACAGAGUUCAGGUCAGUAAGACCAGACUUUCUCGUAACGAUAAGACGGAUUCUGUAUUCUGAUUCUGUAUUUUUCUGGCCUGACUUUCCUAAAGCAAGGAAGGAUUAUUUAUAAUGGCUGCAACUAUCAUACCAGCUCUGUAGUGCUUUCAACCAGAAAGAACGAUGGACAGAAUGAAAUGAUUCAAUUCUGGCUUUAACUGACUAAGUCUAACAAGUGCGUUCAAUAUUCAUCAUACAGUUUGUCAAAAAAGAUACUUCCUUUUUGCUUCACCUUCAAACUUAAGGCAGGAAAAUGUAUUAAUGCCUGGAUAUACAAAUGUGUAAUGCUAUCCAAGCAUUAACAUCAUUCAUUUAAAAGAACAUUUGUACUCUUGCAAUAUGGUGAAGUACUUUAAACUACUGAAGUCACAUAGCAUCAGACAAAGCAAUAUGUAAUGGCAGAACUUGAUGAAAAUGUGUCGGUCUUUACUUGUGUGUUUCUUAGUUAAUUGAUCAUGUGAUGCUCCCUCAUAGAGCUUUGUUUUUACUUUAAGCAAAGCCAUAGGAAUAAAUGGACCCCUUAGCUGGCAGUAGUUUUAUUUUCACUGUGGAAAAUGUGCACUGACUUCAGGUACGUAUUUAGAAAUAGGUAAAGCCAGUGGCUAUUUAGACCAUAGACAUCCACCCGCACUAAUGCACAGUGUUGUGUUGCAUUAGAUGGUAUUAGAACGAGAUCUCUGUGUGAUCAUGCUGUUUUUUUUUAUUGUUUUAGGUGAAUCUAAUUUCUCCUCCUGACAGACAGAAGAGAGACAUGCUCAGUGUUGAAGUAAUGGGUUCUGGUGAUAGUAUAGUUGCCUUACAGUAAGUCUGUAGUGCACACUCUUGCAUCAUUGUGUUAGGUAUUUCAGUCCAGGUGAAGUACAGCAGUGCACUUGUACGGUGGCCGAGAAAGCCCAGCGCAGUGCAA